AGAGUUGGCAACGUCGUCGUCUUGGAGUUCGUCUUAUUUUCACUCAACUUUCACUCUCACUCCCAUUCCCGUUAACCUGCUUCAGUCCCCACCCAAACUCACACUCUCUCUCUCUCUACAAAAUCCUCCAUUCAAUUCCCUCUCUCACUCACUUUCACACUCUCUCACUCACUUUCACACUCUCUCUCAUCGCAUUCAUGUUUGCAGAGUCUGCAGUGUACAAUCUUUGAGAGAGAAAGUAAGUAAGGUGCAGAUACCAGAAGCGAAGAUGCCGUUGGUGAGAGUAGAAGUCAGAAACGAGUACAGAUUAGGCAUGCCGGAGCUCUACACCCAAACUAACCUAGAAGAUCCCAAGGCUGUGCUUGACGGUGUCGCCGCCGCUGGUCUCGUCGGAAUCUUACGUCAGCUAGGCGACCUGGCUGAAUUUGCAGCAGAAGUUUUUCAUGGAUUACAAGAGCAAGUGCUGAUUACAUCUUCUAGAAGCCAUAAAUUGGUAGAAAGAGUCCAUAACAUUGAAUCUGCACUUCCUCCACUAGAGAAGGCUAUUUUGGGACAAAGAAGUCACUUGCAUUUCGCCUACACAGCCGGUUCUAAAUGGCACACUCGACUCAGAACCGAACAAAACCAUUUCAUAUAUAGUGACUUGCCAUGUUGUAUAAUGGACUCGUACGAAGACUGCCAUGAUCCUCCACGUCUGCACAAUCUUGACAAAUUUGACAGUGGGGGCCCGGGGUCUUGCUUUAGAAGAUAUUCUGAUCCAACGUAUUUUAAAAGAUCUUCAGCUGGACCUUAUGAAGAACAUCUUCAAAGCAUCCCGAGAGAAAAGAAGAAAAAGAGAUAUUCAUCAAGGUAUAGAGACGUGACACACACACAUGGGGCUUUAACGAUGCAUGAUGAAAGAAUGGAUUAUGGCUCUUCGAAUUUCAAAGAGAAAGCUUCCCCGUUUCAAGAUCUCUCCACAAUUGACGUGCCACAAACAUGUGAAGUUGUACCUGAAGUUGACCAUUUGACUUCUUCUGACUCAAGGAAUGGGUCGCCUUACAUAGAGUGUAUCGUUCGUCCAAGCCACUCAACACAAUCUGAAGACAACAAUGUUAAGGAACUGUCUUAUGUUUCAAACGUGAACCACAAUUCUUAUCUCGAUUCGGCUUCCCACGAAGAAAAUUUCUACGAUAGUAAUCUAGCGGAGGAUAGCGGGUCAAUGUCAACAUACAUUACCUGGGAUGAAAAGUUAGAAAUCAUAGAUUCUACAGGCCGACCGAAUGAACCGACAGAGAUACCUUGUGCAAAUGAGAGGAUGGAUACUGAAGUGAUGGAAGAUCUGAACUCCAGAGUUGUUGACUGUAUUGACUUUGACUUUCAUGAUGAACAACCUCGUCCAACACCGGUCAUUAUCGGUGGCCGACAUGAUGAGAUUGAAAGUGAAACAGAUUCUUUCAUGGAUGCACUUAACACCGUUGAAUCAGAAUCGGAAAAUGAUUUAGGUUGUCACACAAAGAGAGAACUGAAGCAAAAGUCAAACGUGAACGACAAAGAUGUGGAUGAGAUGAAUAAAGAAAGUCGUCUAGAUGACAAGUCGAUGAAUAUCGAGUUUCAUGUUCCCGAAUCACAUAUGGAAGCUAGCGGUUCAUCUAACAUUGAGAAUCACGAGGAUGUUAUGACGUCGGAUCUGAUACGAAGUACUCAGAUGGCUGUUGUAUCUUCAAAUAUCUUAACUACAGAUGAAAAAUUAGAAUCUGAAGAAGUUGAAAGAAAUGUUACAAAUACAGAGACUGUUGCUAGAGAAGCUAUAAGCACUUAUGAGUCUCCGAAGCCAUCUUGGUCAACUUCUGGUGGUCAAACUACAGUCAGCAAUCCAGUUAUGUUCUGGACAAAUGGUGGCCUGUUGGGAUUAGAGCCUUCCAAACCUCCAGAUUUUGGCUUGUCAGCUGCUGUGGGACCCGAUCACGUUGAAGAAACUAAAACCAAUGAGAAACAACAUCCACGUCAGCAAAACACCAUUAAUGGUAUCAAAUCCGAAGCAUCUGGAACUAAUUUGGCAGUUCCUAAAGAUGAUUCUGUUAAUUCAUCCAGGAUGCUUGAAUUUAGGAAUAGACUAUUAGUGAAUGGUUUUCGGAAACAAAUAUCACUAGUUGGAAACGAAAGGCUUGCUAGCUCAGUGAAAAGUGACGUACCUGCGGAUACAAGCAUCCAAAAAGGGCAUCAAACUGUCACCGGGAUACCGUUCAGGGAACAAUUUGGGAACAGAACUUCAUUCAUUUCACCGUCUUCUCCACCUCUUGAACAUAUGAAGAUAUCAUUUCAUCCGAUUGACGGAUUCGAGACUUCUAAACUGAAAUUGGCAUUUCCUGAUGGAAAUAAUAAUAAUAGUAAUAUGUUUCCAUCAUUUCAGUUGGUGCCAGAGCCUGCGAUGUCAUUACAUGAGUUCGAUUCAGACUCAGAUGACGAUGACACGUUUUGUAGAUCAUCUCCGUAUGCAUCGGAUGACUGUCGUAGUAAUCCUUCUGGAUCGAAUUCUGAACAGUGGGAUGACAAUGACUCUCCCAGAAUCAAAGAUCGUGAGUUAGAUGAUGCUUUUGGCAGGAUCUCAUCUGCCGAAUCAGUUUCAACCUCUCUUGUGAAUGGAAUCAGAUUCCAACAAAGUUCAUUUACCGAGGAUGGCAUGCAAUCCUCUCAGCGUGGUCUUUUAUUUGAUAUUCCAAACUUCGAUUCUAUGAAAGCUUCACAAAACGAGGUAAUUAAUGAUCUCAAUGAGCCCGCACAACCUCUGCCGCCACUGCCACCAUUUGAAUGGCGAGGUAUUACGCCAAAUCCUUGUGUGGCAAUGGAGAAAGACGACGGUCUCUCAGAGGUCUUGACUUAUUCAUUGAAUCUGACACCGACAGAGCCUACACUCCCUCAACGAUUUAAGCCAGCUUCAGCAAAACAGCAGCAGCCAGACUGGGAGAAUUUACAUGUUCAGAAUGAAUAUAAUCGCCGGAAAGCGGGAGAAGAAAAGGAUGAUUUUCUACAGCAGAUUAGAGCAAAAGCGCGCAAUCUAAGACCUAUUUCACAAGCCCAGCCAACUACGCCAGCUGGCCCUACUAGCAUUGAAGUCACUACAAUUCUUGAAAAGGCAACCUCAAUCCGCCAGGCUGUAGGAAGCGAUGAUGGAGAAGAUAACUGGAGUGACACAUAAAGGGACAUGAAUGCAUAUAAGCCAACUUCAGAACUUUACUCUUGUUUCUAGAGGUGGCAGGAUGGGUUGGACUUGUAAGAUGUAACCUUUUGGUGCGGACCGACCCGCCAACAAGGCAACACAUUUGUCAUUUUUUGAGUUUUGUUAGUAUAUAAUGUAAUUAAUAUUAAUAUUAUGAUUUAGUCUAACUAAUAAUAAUGUAUUUUCUUUUAAAUAAAUCAAUUUAGGAAGUUGCAAGGUUUGAAUUUUUGUAUUUUUAGCGUAUAUUUUUAGACUUUACCUCUUU